CAUUCCAAUGCCGAACUACCCCUUAACUUCUGGGAACACUUUUUGGAAUCUGCAUAUUCGCCUGUCUUGGUUGAAAUUGGCUCCCACAGUUCCAGUGACUACGCAAAAGUUUGGACAGAGACCCACUUCCAGGCCGCCUAGGAUAGCAACAUACUCUUUCUAAAUUCCGGUGGUAGGAACACUCGGAAUUGUAUACAGUGCGAUAUAAUCAUGAGUGGUUGAUAACCAACCCACUUUGGUGUCUACCAGGGAGCCUCUUAGUUGCACGAAAUUUAUGUAAUCAAGUCAAAGUGUGGGAUGUCCAAAAAUUUGCUUAGUCACUGUAUGUGAGUACGAGAACGAUUAGCCAUCGGCUAGAGACGCUAAAGUGCUAGUAAUCCUCGUAGGCGAAUGGGAUCGUGGAUAGGACCAAGCGGAACCAAUCUUGGAUGCCAAAGGUUGAUUGAUUGAAGAGAAAAUGAAUAUGCUGAGAAUGGCGCUAGUACUCGGUGUUACGACGACCGAAAUACUAUAGAUACCAAAUUACUAUACGAAACAAUAGGGAAAAGUGGGUCACUUGGUAUAAUCCCUGUCUAGGUGGUAACUUACCGCACCGUAUCUCGACAGAGAUCUAUACCUAAUUCCCCUCCCAUUGUCGUUGAAUUCGCGAAGGUGAUCGACCCCGGGUUGAGGUGAAUCAAUGGCAUGUUCUGAUAGUUUCGGCAGUCUUCAGUCGCCACCAUGUUUACACGUUGGUACGUGCGUACUGAUUCGGACCUAAGAAUUGAUUUGGACCAUCCAGAUCAAGCUGUAGGCGUUCCCGGUUCAC